UAGUUUCUCGAACCAAAUGUCCCUCAGGUCUCAGACACUUCAAGAUAAAAAGGUGGUCCGGUUUUCUCUCGGCUUAGCUCUUGCCUUGCCGGAUUCUCAUUCCGAAACGCCGACCUGAAAUGUCUGCUAGCGAGAGCUUCCAAGGUGUAUCAAACUGUUAUGUGUUCAAAAGUCGCUUGCAAGAGUAUGCUCAGAAAGUUGGACUUCCUACACCUGUUUAUGAGACUAUAAAGGAAGGACCUUCCCAUGAACCCACUUUUAGGUCGACGGUGAUCGUGAGCGACACCAGAUAUGAUUCCCUACCCGGAUUUUUUAAUCGCAAGGCAGCAGAGCAGUCAGCUGCUGAAGUUGCUCUCGUCGAACUUUCUCGGUCUGGGGAAAGGAAAGAAUGCAUUUCGCAACCAGUGCACGACACAGGCUUGUGCAAAAACCUAUUACAAGAAUAUGCACAAAAGAUGAAUUUCGCGAUUCCAUUGUAUGAAUGCCGAAAGGAGGAAGCAACAGGCAAGCCUGCUAUGUAUGCUUGUACUGUUGAAAUUGGGGGAGUUAAGUACAUUGGGGCAUCCGCGAGAACAAAGAAGGAAGCGGAGCUCAAAGCUGCAAGAACCGCGUUAUUGGCCAUCGAGUCUGAUCCUUCCAAGUCCAACAACAGGCCGACUGACUACUCCUCUUACACCGUUCUUCCGUUGAAGAAGAAGGUGGCAGAUCUGGGAAUCAGUCACCAGGAGACCGCGGCAGCUCUCAAGCCAAAAAGGGGUCGGGCUGCUCGGCUCAAGAAGAAAUCCCGCAAAAAGAGGAAGCUCCUCCCCAAGAGCGAUAGCACUGGUAGUAUAGACGUUACAACUGAUGAAGCGGGACCGGAACUGGGUACAAAUGAUGCCACCGCUUUAGAAGUAACAGAUUAUGGAGUGUCACACAUGGAAAUGAAACUGGAACUCAUCCAUACGUUCGGGGAAAACGACUUAGGAGGAACAGCUGCAAUUCUUGGAGUUGGAGAGGUAAAUCCAGUGGAUAUCAGCCCUACACUGUGCCAGGUGGAGCUUCAUAGUGGCAUGAAUGUCAUGGAAGAAGUUGCAUCUGUCAUGGAUGCAUAAUCAAUUGAUCAUAAUUAUUUGAUUCUGAACUGCAUUUUGAUAGAAAAUUCUUGAGGUGGGGGGGGGGGGGGGGGAUAUAUUUAACUAUAUUUAAGCCUAUAUUAAGAGAUGAUUAAAUUUAUGUAAAAUCAUCCAUUUGAAAACUGUCAACCUUGAUACAAAAGGUUCUGAAUUGUGGUGUUGCAUUUGUUGUGUGAUUAACAGAAAAAAAAAAAAAACCAUUGCAUCCAUGCAAAUGGCAUUGCAGCUUUAGCUUGACUUGAUUCAAA